AUGCCACAACCAACUAUAACUAGUUGUUACGAUCAUGACAAAAAUGGAAUAAAAAGAGUUGACUGUUUAUUUGUUAAAGGAGAGCCAAAAUCCAUCAAAAAUCAAGCUGGAGAUGAUAAAAUGAUUAAAUUCAAUAUUACUUGUAAUUUUCCAGAAAAACUAGGUUUUUGUGACAAAGUUGCAAAAAACUUGGACACUACAGGGAAAAUUAUUUCUGAUGUUAUAAAAUUUAGCGAACCUAUCACCGUAGAUAUCGCUUUUAAAUCACAAGAUCCAGCUUCAUUAGGUUUUGCAAGGUCAACCAGAAGAAUUAGGUUGAAGGGUGGGGAUGGAGUGGUCAGACUGUAUCCACAAUCAUUAGUAAAGCAAUUCGGACUUGCAACACAUCCGGAAUUUUUACCUUCUGACAUAACUGCAGAGUUUAACUCCGAUAAGGAAUAUUGGUUUGAAGACGAUGUAACUCCAAUUACUCCAAAACAGACAGCAUUUGUACUAUUGACGACACACGAACUUAUGCAUGGCCUGGGAUUUUUGUCAUUAUGGCGUCCAAAUUUUUCCGGCGAAAAUGUGACAGAAUUGGUACCAUUUCCCAAUUUCAUUGAUGCUCCUACUCCUCCAGCAGUAAUAUUUAAUGGUUUUUAUGAGAGUAUAUUUGAUAGGUUUUUGAUAGUAUCAGAAAGUGGCACACCAUUAUCCACUCCAACUGGGGUUGCUGCUCAGAACAUAGGAGGCAGAACAAUCCAUUCUGCAUUGAGAAUAAGGUUCUGGGAGGGGAGAUAUGAAACCCUUUCUACCAGUGGCAAUGAAACACAAUUGCCACCAAUUAGACCUGAUUAUGUUUUUGAAUCACCAGCAUGA